UGGAUAAGGCAACGAUGGAUGGACGAUAAAUCAUGUGAGGCUCAAACGGCACACUAGAACUAGAUAGAACCAUGAGGCUCCAAGGGAAAUAUCUUUGCAAAUAUUCCAGUUUUUUCCCUCUUGCCAGUGCAGCCCCUGCCCCUCGUUCUUCCACAACUAUCAGGAGCAGAAGCGACCGCAAGCUCGACGAUAUCUGUCCCUUGGGAGAAGUGCAGGUUUGCCUCUGAAGACCUUCACCCUGCGCUCACCAUGUUGAGGAUACAGGCUCCGUUGCAUUAUCAUCCGACGAACGCAGGACCAAGAUGGCGCAUUUGCGCCUGCGGGAGCAUUCAGCAAGGAACUUCUUCCCUGCACGACGCCGAGGUGAAUCCCUCUGGAUACGGCGAAAGAAAGAACCGGAAACACCCGGGCGCCUACAUUGACAAAGAUGGUGAAGCGCGGACCUUCGACCGGAAGAAAAUAUCGCGGAAAAGAGGGGGUGCAAUGAGAGGCCGCGGCUGGAAGUACGGCUCCGGGUUCGUGGACGGCGUGUUCCCGGUGCUCAGCCCCAUGGCGCAGGACAUCCUGGAGCUCGUUCAGAAGGGGACGGACGACGCCAAGGUCUGGGAGGCGCUGGACGACGUCCCUCCCACGCACGCCCUGUGGGACGACGUCCUCAACGUCGCCGUCCAGCUCCGCCUGAACCGGCAGUGGGAUCCCAUCAUCUCAGUCUGCGAGUGGAUCGUGCACCGGAGCUCCUUCCGCCCGGACGUCGUCUGCUACAACCUGCUCAUCGACGCGUACGGCCGGCGGCGGCGGCUGGGCAAGGCGGAGGCCAUGUACGCGGCGCUGCUGGAGGCCCGGUGCGUGCCGACGGAGGACACCUACGCGCUCCUCCUGCGCGCCUACUGCACCGCCGGGUCGCUGCACCGGGCCGAGGGCGUCAUCUCCGAGAUGCGGGAGCACGGGAUCCCUCCGAGUGCGACCGUGUACAACGCGUACCUCGACGGGCUGCUCAAGGCGAGGUGCGCCGAGAAGGCGGUGGAGGUGUACCAGAGGAUGAAGCGGGAGCGGUGCCGGACCAACACGGAGACGUACACCCUCAUGAUCAACGUCUACGGCAAGUCGAAGCAGCCGAUGUCGGCGAUGAAGGUGUUCAAGGAGAUGCAGUCGCUGGGGUGCAAGGCCAACAUCUGCACCUACACGGCGCUGGUGAACGCGUUCGCCCGGGAAGGGCUGUGCGAGAAGGCCGAGGAGGCGUUCGAGGAGAUGCAGCAGGCCGGGCACGAGCCCGACGUCUACGCCUACAACGCCCUCAUGGAGGCCUACAGCCGCGCAGGGUUCCCGCAGGCCGCCUCGGAGAUCUUCUCCCUGAUGCAGCACAUGGGGUGCGACCCCGACAGAGCUUCCUACAACAUCCUCGUGGACGCCUACGGGAGAGCCGGCCUCCACCGAGGUGCGUACGUCAAUCAUGGACUCCUCGAACGCCGGCUGCUCCGGCGAGGUGCCGAGUCUGACAGCCAUGGAGUUUCUGUUGAUGGACGCAGAGGCGGAGGCCGUGUUCGAGUCGCUGAAGCGGCAGGGGAUGGCGCCGACGAUGAAGUCGCACAUGCUGCUGCUGGCGGCGCACGCCAGGUCCGGCAACGUGGCGCGCUGCGAGGAGGUGAUGGCGCAGCUGCACAAGUCGGGCCUCGCGCCGGACACCUUCGCGCUCAACGCCAUGCUCAACGCCUACGGCCGCGCCGGCCGGCUCGACGACAUGGAGCGGCUGCUCGCCGCCAUGGAGCGCCGGGGGACGCGCGACGUGGGCACGUACAACGUGGCCGUCAACGCCUACGGCCGCGCCGGGUACCUGGAGAGGAUGGAGGCGGCGUUCGCGUCGCUGGGGCGGAGGGGCCUCGCCGCCGACGUGGUCACGUGGACGUCCCGCAUGGGCGCCUACGCCAGGAAGAAGGAGUACCGGCGGUGCCUGGAGAUCUUCGAGGAGAUGGUGGACGCCGGGUGCUACCCGGACGCCGGGACGGCCAAGGUGCUCGUCGCGGCGUGCUCCGACGAGCGGCAGGUGGAGCAGGUCACCGCCAUCGUCAGGUCCAUGCACAAGGAGGCCAAGACAUUGUUCACCAUAUGAGAAAGAUGAAGAAAAUCUUGUGUUAAUUAGUUAGUGUAGACUUAGAUAAAGAUUAAUCAUUCAUGGAUUGUUUAUUUGCAAAAUUUUGUUCUUUUACGAAUCUAAAAUGAAUUUUUUUUGAGCA